CAGGCAGAGGUGUGGGCAAAUUUGGGGAAUUUCUGUCUUUUUGUAAGAGUAAACAAAUGUUUGCACAUGAGAACUUUCAAGAUGCAGAUUGUGCAUUAAAUGAAACAAAUUUAUAUUCAAAGUUCCACACGGUAUGUUCCAAAGUGUCAACUGAUUUCUUGAACCAGUUGAAGUUAGCAUAAUUGUUUUCCACUCAUAAAAGGUGUUUUCUCAUUCUUUAGCCAUCUGGUCAUAUUCACAGAAAAGAAACUGAUUAUGCAGACUGACCUAAAUCACAAAAAGCUUAUUAAAUGGUGAAAUUAAUAGGUUCUUUUUGCAGUGUAUGUAAACAUCUGGUCACAAUACACUCACCAUUUAUUUGAUUACAUAAGACUUACACAUGCAAUGUAUUGCUCUUUCCUUCUAUUUACUUAUUUUUUCUUGUAUUGUUAUGUAUAUGUGCCCCCUGAAGAUAAAUAAAGCUUUUUUUAUUGAAUUGAAUAGAAUUAAGACUCUUUGCUAAUUACAAUUUACAGCCCAUUUUUCUCUUGACUCAAUUCUUAACGGAAUAGCUCAAACAAGGUGUCUGAACAUCCCUCAGAGAUUUUAAAAGAUCCCUAUUGUUCAUGACAGCAUAGGUGGUUGCUGAACAUUUGUCAGCUGCACUGUACAUCCAUGAUUCGAAUCUACAAUCACAUCCCAAAGCUUCUCUGCUGGAGUGAGAUCUGGUCAUUGUGGAGACCAUUUUAUUUUGCAGGUAAACAGUUAUGUAAAGUACUUUUUUUUUCUCGAACAUAGUUAGGUGUAGUUAUUUUUAGUGACCACAAGGUGGUGCAGAACAGCCAGAAAACAAAAUGCUCCACACGAAAAUGAAUAAAAGGAAUGAUCUGCGUCUCACCUGUCAGAACUAGGAUUCACUGACUAAUGAAAGUUUCAGUGUUUUUGGUUACACACUUGAAAAAUCUAAUGAAUUAAAUUAUUGCACAAACAUGGUUCACAUAGCCAAAAAAACCCACUGAUAGUGAGAGACGUGCGUCGAGGAUCAUAAAAUAUGUACCAUUUAAGAACUUGAACUGGAUCCAAUUAGACAGGUUUCUGCUGUCACAGGUGACAAGACCGGCCUCCACCCAAAGCCACGGCGCAAUCAAUGAGGAACAAUGAACUAGGAGCACCUCAGUGUUCCUUCACUAAGGGUUCUUAUUGUUAGACAAUCCGUCUUCAGUUUUACUACUUCUACAUGGCACUUUACAAAGAGGACAGCCAAGACGACACACCGGAGUGUCCAGUAUGCUACGAGAUCCUGUCGGGCAGUGAGCGGACUUUAAGCUGCGGACAUGUAUUCUGUCACGACUGCUUGGUCAAAACGCUGGUCAGCAUUAACAGUAAUGGAGUCCUCAGGGACACAAUUGUCUGCCCCAUCUGCCGACAUCUGACGUUCAUCAAGAGGCAAAAGGAAUCGCUGGUGGCACUCUCAGCGAUCAAGUAUCCAGAUGAAGAACAGACCCUGGAGGUGCCUCUUCCUACAACGGAGUCGCAGCUCCGCAGCGCACGGCGCGGCUCCGGGGGCAGCUUACUGAGGGGAGUUAACCGGAUAGCCUACUGCUGCUGGAGUAUCUUUCGACGAGUCCGUCCGGAGAGGUUAAUCGGACACAACCACAAUGCGUGUCAGAUCUUCAUCAUAAGUGCCCAGGGGCGACCGAUGGCAGAGGAGGAUGCGCUCAAUGUUGUGAUGACAGUGGUUCACCCUCAGCCCAGGGAGAGACGCAGGGUUUGCACCUCGUCGCGAUGCUUGCUCUGUUUGCUGUCAGCCUUUACUGUUCUAGCACUGGUGGCCGCGACUUUACCUUGGAUUUUAUUGGCAUAGUGCUGCUGAAGAUGCACAGCAUAAAGAUCCAAGUGGAAACUAUUCAAGAACCUUUAGGGACAAUGUUUCCUUGGAAACCAACGUUGUUGUGCAUGUGAGUUUCACUAAUCAGCAAUGUACCACGAUAUUAACUGUGUGUACAAGUAUUUAGUUGUAGUCAUAUUGGACUAUAGCUCUGUAUUGACAAAUUCAUUAAUUUAUCUCGAUUAAAAUGAUAAAUGAAACAAAGACUUUUAUUGACACGGAAUGCAUACUGCUUUGAAACAGUCUAAAUUAAAAUUUUGCCUCAACAACAAGAUGAAUUAGUCAUCAAAUUGUUGCUCAUGAUGAAUAACAAUUUGCUCAGUUUUCCAGUCUUUUAACCCCAACUCCACAAACAAUCCUUAGGCAUUCAGAAUGUUGUUAAAGUGGCCCAGGUAAUGCUGUGGUGUGUUGCUGACUGCUGUGUUUCCAAGCAGCAGUACUCCAGUUUGUGGCCAAACUGGCAAAGCCACAGCCUCCCACUUUUCCAGGUAAAAAACAUUGCAUUGCUUAAGUAUUCACACACCUAGUACUCUUUCACAUUAUCUCACUUUACAAACACAGAUUUCAGAGUGUUUUCCUGGGACAUCACAUGACAGGCACAAAGCAGCUGAUGCUUGGGAACUCAAAGGAACAUUAAGUCCACAUGUGAUCAUUUAAAAAAAAAAACAAAAUUAGGCACUAGUUUAUGUUGACCUAUAAAGUCACAAUGAUAUCAACUGAAGGUUGUGGUUGUAGCAUACUAUGAUCAUAAAGCAGGGAAUGAUGAAUCCAACAAUAACCUUCGAGUGUUACUGAAGUUUUUAUCUUUAUAAAUUAUAGAAACAAGAACUAGUAAGAAUCCUUUAACCAGUUACUUAUACAGACAGUGUAAAGAGAGACACCUUUGAAGGAUCUGUUAGAAAUAAUUCAUGCACCAAUGGUAGCCUGAAGGAGAUGAGCUGUACCUGUCUACUGUAAGGAGAGACACUGCUUGACUGAUUAGAUUACCAGAGCCCUUCAGGAUAUACUGCAUCAGAUCAAGACCAAAAUAUUGAAAGUUAGAUUACAAUCAGUCACUACUGCAACCAUUUGUAAAAAGACAAUUUUUAACAAACUUGCAAUUCAAACAUUGGCAAUGCAUUGUGCAUUUUGUGGUUGAGCUUUAGGAGAGGUUAGACUCAUCCUCUGAAUCACAGACACUCCCAGUAUCUUCUUGUUGCAAUUCGCCACCCAUCCUGCUCGGCCAGUUUCGCUAGUUACACACCUCAACGGACUUCUGUUACUUUAUCACAGGUUUGUUCCUCAUAUGUUAGUAAUGUUAGUAAUAAUCUGCCGUUUAAGAUUUUUUUUCUAUUUAGCUUCCCUUUCCACACUGACCCAAAAAAUGCAUCACAUGCUACAUGAGAGAAGAAAGAAAGAGAGAGAGAGAGAGCAUAAAAAUGGUAUCAAAAUAAGGUCAAAGACAGAAUGAGAAGGCUCAGUGAACAAAAUGUUCUAGCUCCUAAGUUAGUAGCAGGAUAUAAAAGACAUGCCUUCACAACAAACCUACAAACUGCAGUGGGUGAUGUUUGUUGAUGGAAGGAAAUAAAGCAGCAAUGACCAAGUGGGGUU